AGAAAAUAACAAUCAUUGAUUAUAAAAGCACAUUUGAACUGAGCUUCAUCACUUGCAAGGUGUGUGUAUUCAGUGGACUAUUGAACAAAGUGAGAGGUUUAGUACAGGGCAUUCAGCGGAUUUGGAUUCCAGUGAAGCAACAUCAUGUUUGUGUCACGUGUUUUCAUUGCUCUAGCAAGCUUGAUCCUGUGCUUCUACAAAGCGGAAGCAGGAGAAAAAAUAUGUCUAUUGGGUUGCCCGCCUAUUCAUGAUCCAAUAUGUGCUUGGAACGGAAAGAUUUACCAAACUUUCGACAACAUAUGUCUGAUGGAAUAUGAAAACUGCAUACACGACAAUUGUUUCAGUAAAUCCUAUAAUGGAAAGUGCUACACUCCACCGCGACCAUAUCCACCCUAUUACCUUCCAUACUAUCCACCCUACAACCCUCCAUACUAUCCCCAUCGUCCUCACUACCCCCCAUAUCAUCCUAAGAAGCCUUUCUACUAGCAACUGGGAUUUGGAAUGUGGAAUAUGGGAAUCCAAGAACACUUCACAAUGAUUGGACCUGAUGAUUAUUUGUUUCUGAUGUUGAAAUGAUAGUAUAAUCACUACGUAUUUCUAGUUCUAUUUGGGCUCGUCUCGACUUGUAGACAGAGAGAAAAACACUUCAUUGUAACAUUUUUAGAAGUAUCAACUUCAUUAUUCUUCAAUUAAUCUCUAAAUUGAAGAAUUCCAGUUUUAUAAAGUCAUUAAUGUUUGUUGACUAUUGUGAUCAAUAAAAGAAUGAGACAGUAAUACCUA